AUGUGCUGUGAGUAGCUGCAGAAGAAACAUCGAUUGUGCAGAUUACUAUCAGCCAAUUGGCAAAGCGCAAACAGGAUGGUCUUCCCUCCAGUGCCAGUCCCGGCCAUCGUGUUUAUGGCGGUUAUCGGCGGCUGUUGUCUUCUUUUACUUGUAUUGUAUCAGUGCUUGAAGGCUGGAAUGUUUUUUAAGACCGAACCACCGGAUGAUAGACCAGACGAGAAGGGAUACGCCGAGCUUGGCGAAGCUUACGGCACUGAAACAGACGAUGAUUAUGUUGGGCCAUCCUCGAAAGCAACAAGCCGUCGAAGUAGCUUUAACACGAGCGGCAGCAAGUCGGAUGGCGAGUUAGCUCUUGGCGAUAGUGCUUCAGUUUAUGGUUACGGUAAAUAUUCGGACGGUGAAUAUAGCCCAGCCAUCGGUAGACACGCUGUAUCGGCUUAUGGUGAAGCAAUCGAUGUCGGUCAAGAGGAAUUUCUUUCAACUGCGGGGAGAUUGCAAGUGUCUGCAAGUUAUGCCCCCACAGCGGAAAAGUUAGCGGUAACUGUUAUUCGUGCCGAGGACGUCCCUACGAAACAGCGCGGUGGCGCGGGCAGUGUUCAAGUCCGCGUGGUAUUGCUACCUUCAAAGAAGCAGCGAUUUAAAACAAAAGCAAAACCAGCCGCAAAUCCGAACUUCCACGAGACAUUUACAUUCAGUCGAGUUCCUCAGAGCGAUUUACACGAAAGUGGCCUCAGGUUUAGGUUGUAUGGUCACGAAAAAAUCUCCAGGGAUAAAUUAUUAGGCGAAAUGACUAUCAAUCUUACUGAAUUCGAUUUAGAAGGCGAUGGAGAAGCACUCUGGCGAACGCUCACACCAAGAAAUGCCCUGAGCAGCUCUGACUCCAUGUACGAUUUGUCAGAAAGUGGUAGUGUGAUGAGUUUCGGAUCUCAUGGUUCAGUGUCUUCUCUGGCAAUGACUCAUAGUGGGGCCCCAGAAUUGCUUGUCUCACUCUGUUAUCAAUCUCUCACUGGCCGCCUAACUGUGGAAGUGCUAAAGGCCAGCAACCUCCGUAAUGUAUCAAUGCAACGUGCACCAGAUUCAUACGUGAAAGUCACUUUGUUCUCAGCAUCUGGCAAGCAAGUUGCAAAAAGUAAAACUACCAUUAGAAAGAGCAUGGCUGACCCCGAGUAUAACGAAAGUUUCAUGUAUGAGAUUUCCGAGAGAGAUCUACAGCUGGUGAAUUUGAAUAUAUCUGUGAUUGUCAUAACAAAGGCGAGGAAGAAAAAAGAGAUAGGCUGGCUUACCUUGGGAAAAAAUUCUAGCGGGCAAGAAGAAAUCAGGCACUGGAAUGACAUGAUACAGGAAAAAGAAAAAACGUUAAGCCGAUGGCAUACUCUCGCAGACGCUUAAUCUUAUGCCCAAGUCCCAUUUGUGUCAUUGCUUGGUCGUGAGAGGUCUGGGUGAAAGACUAGCAGACGCAUAGAAAAUCCUAAAAUCAUCAAAUGUUAAUAAGUUAUUCAUUAAGGUGUAUUGAAUAGUUUUCAUUCAUUACUGUGGGAUGAUUAAAACAAGUCAGUAAAUGAAGGGGUUUAAUGCGCAGCAGAUAGUUAAAAACACAGAUAAGUAUCAUAAAUGAUGUGACUUUGAAUGCUAGUUUAUUAAAAAAAAUAAAAUUUCUAAAUUUGCGGUUCUAAACAGAUUGUUUUUCUUCUUGAAAUUAUCUGGUUUUCUUUCUGUGAUAACCAUAAUCUGUCAUUUAAAUUGAUGAAUCGAGAGGGAUAACCAAUUCUAUUCAAUUAAGUGAAAAAAAAUUAAAAUUCGUUGCGUUGCUAAGGGUCGGUAGACAGUUCACCAAACAUGCAAAAACAGACAUGUUUCCUAUGUUAGCUCUUGCGAAAUAUCGUGCGUAGGUUUUAAUUAAGGCAUCAACGCUCUCGAUAAACAAUUCAUGCCUUCUAGGCAACUGUAACUUGACUACAUGAAGAUGCGACCAGCCAUCUCAGACCCACAGUAUGUUUAACGAAUAAAAUGCUUUAAUAUCAACAAACCAAAAAAGUUACAUUCGCAUCAUUCUUAAUCGAAAUAAAUUUCAUUCAAAUGAGUUCUAUAUUGUUAGUUUUACAAGUUUAAGCAAAGGAACAGAUUUUCCUCUUCAGAAAAUAUAUUUAAACUCACUUUACGCGCGUUCGCACGAUCUAACGAGCAAGAUGAGCGUCGGGCUAGUAAUUGAUAAUCAUAUUAAAAGUUUACUUUCCUCGAAUUGUUUUACAAAUAUUAAAAUAAGAAUGAUAGGUUUUGAAGGCUGUUUCAAAAACUGUGAAUUUGACGAGGUUUCUUUUCAUAACUACUCUCCCCUGGGGCAUUGUUUGAUUUUGGCACACGAAUCAGAUACAGAUACAAUCUACAUCACAUUGCUUAUUUUGAAAUAAUGUUGUUCGCGACAAUUGUAUAGUAUACAACAGCUUUUUUCGACGAUUGUUGAUCGUUUGCCAACAUAUCAGUGGGAUCGAAUCAAUUUUCGUCCUUUUGGUCGACAAAACGUAACAACUCGUUACCGCGACAUCACGCGUUCAUCGAGAUAAGAAACACGCGAAGUUUCGUUUGCACUUGCAGUUGGUCCAAGCACAACCGAGCGCAGUUCUAACUUCCCAUGAACACACAGCCGAUGCAUGAAAAAAAAAAUAAUAAAAAUAACAUUUCUAUGCUGUAGUGUUUUGAGAGAAAUUCCCCCUGCCAAGCUGUACACAUAGGCACACAAACACGCCUUCAAUGGCGAAUACAUGAAUGAAGAGCAAUUUGUCGAGAACAUAAACAAAAAUUCACAAAUGUCGUGAAUUCUGGUCGGUCGUGAUGUUUUAAAGGGUUUUUAAAUUGCACGAGCCGCCGCCGUUUGCAUCAUGUCUGAGUAUCUUAGUGGCUUUUUGAUGUAUUCCAAGUUAAUUUAUACCAGCCAUCAUCACUUUUUUGUUACAAACGGGAUCUUGGACAUUUUAUUUGUCUACCUUUUUUGGCAUGGCCUUGCUUUCGUUUUCUUUCCACCCAUCUCAUAAAAAAUUGGUACCGGCGCUUGACGUCUUAAGCAGGUGUUUCUGUAGUCUAUGUUUCCCACACAAUGCGCUUUGACUAACUUUUGUGAUCGAUUUCAA